AAAAAAGCAUUUUUUAGAUAUGCAGCCCAAAUAAAGGUUAAAUGUAAAUGCAUCUUACGAGCCUUAACAUCACAUAAACCAAGUUUACACAAGUACCUACAGAUUUGCAGGAUUCCUGCAUCCAACCAAAGUUACCUCUCUCUCUCUCUCUCACACACACACACACGUUUUAGGCUUUGAGUGGCAUCAUAUAAGGUAAGAAUGCAUAGGUGAGGCAAUAAUGGGACAGUGGACCUUUGUGCAGGCUAUGGAAGAAAACCCAAAUGAGCUUGUCGGUUGUUUUCUAGUAGUUUAGGGAUAUAGGGCAGUGGAUUUGUCACCCAAAAAUUGUUCAAAUAGAAAGAAAUGGAAGAUCAGCUCUAAGAUUACUAGGUGGAACAUCAGAUUUUGAUGAUAAUGGUUCCUAGAAAGGAAAUAGUAAGAAGAGAAUUGAUGCUUCUGAGUAAAUAAAUUCUUAUGGAACGUAGUGUUCAAGAAAGGUCUAUAGGGAUGCCAAAUUCCGUGAGUUAUAAUCCACCACAGCUCAACCAAGAAUCACUAGUCAAGUUACCUCUUGCCCCUAUAAUUUCCACUCCAUCAGAUAGGAGGGGAAAUGCAACGGUUUCAACCCGCCGCGGAAUUGCAAUUUUCAGCCCCAGACAAACCCUAGAUCAGCAUCAGCUCAAUUCACCACCUCCACCGCCACAGCCGUCACUUGUACAGAAAGAUUCAACCCCAGAUCCAGAUCUAGCCACCCCGGCCGGUGCAGCAACUGAUGGCACUUCAAAUUCGAAGACAGAUCCACCCCCACAGCCACAGCCACAGUCACAGCCACAGCCACAGCCACAACCACAGCCUCAUGAUCCACCUGCAACAUCAACCGCCACUACUCAUAGUGUUAUAUAUAGAGAAUGCUUAAAGAAUCAUGCUGCAAGUGUAGGAGGUCAUGUCUUAGAUGGAUGUGGAGAAUUCAUGCCUAGUGGAGAAGAGGGCACUGCAGAAGCCUUAAGAUGCGCAGCUUGCGAUUGCCAUCGGAGUUUCCACCGAAGAGAAGCCGAUGGAGAGCCGGAAACAGGCACAUCUCCUUGCUACACAUACAUUUUCAACUCCAGAAAUAACAAUAGCCACCCAAACCUGGCAAUUCACGGCCAACAGCAGCACCAUUUUACUGCCACUCCUCCAAGUGGCCCUGCGUUGCCUACCACGAUCGGCAGAAACAGCGUUGGAGCUGGGGCAGAGUCAUCUAGUGAAGAUAUAGACAUAUUUCAGUGCAAUGCUAGAAGACAUGAAGAUGUGCAGCCAUCAUUUUCGGGGUCCAAGAAGAGAUUUCGGACGAAAUUUAGUCAAUCACAGAAAGAUAGGAUGCAUGAAUUUGCUACAAGGAUGGGGUGGAAAAUUCAGAAAAAAGAUGAACAAGAACUGCAGCAGUUCUGUAAUGAAAUGGGAGUGAAGAGGCAGGUUUUCAAGGUGUGGAUGCACAAUAACAGACAAGCCAUGAAGAAGAGACAAACGUAAGGCAAGAAUCAAACCCCAUUUGAAUUUUUGAGAUAUGGGUGUGGAUUAACCUUUUUAGAUAGUAAACAUCAUAAUUAAUGCAGAAAAAAAGAUGAUUAUAGAGGGCUAAUCACCUUGAUGAUUUCAAUUCUCCUCUCCUGCAAGUCAUGAUCUAGUUAAUUAAUUGUUAUUUAAUGUUCUCAAUUCUUUUCUUUUAAACAUGUAGAAUUUGUUGUCAUAAAACUGGCUUGUUAACUGAAAAGUAACACACAUUAAUUCCUA